AUGGAAACGUUUGUACCACUUGGCGAUCCAAACCUCAUGUACGAGAUGGAUCUAAGAGUGAAUGAACCUGCACAAGUCGAGAUGCAGGUAAAGAAUAGUGUAAAUGAAACUGGUAUGGUGACUGGCGAGCAGUUAGAAGAGGAAAAAAGGCACAGCGAACCAUUAACUGAUGAUUCUAAACGACAGCGAUAUUUGCAGCGUCUACUUAAUCUUGAAAAGAGGAUGAAGAAGGAAGAAAAUGUAUUACAGCUGCAAAUUGAGAUGAUGAAGCAAAUUUUGGAACUCAAAAACCCCAUGGAGCAGCUUUCGGCAUAUCUGGCACUGAAGCAAGAAUUUCAGCAAGAAAACGAGGAGGAAGUGGUAGAAGAUUUAAUGAGCUGUGCGAAGCAUCUAACGAAUGAGGAAGACAGUGAAGUGGCUAUGCUUGGAGCGUUUUUCUAUCUUAAAGAUAGACAACGACAUGUCAACAUGCGUGGGAUGGGGAUGAUGAUGCAUGUUGUAGCAGCCAUGAUAGGGAGAUCUACUCAAGUGGAUGUUCCACCUGCUAUGAAAACAUGA